AUGGUAGACUGGCUUCACUGCAACCUAUGUUUCACUCAACCAGGAAAUGGCAUCAAGUUCUCAUUGACCAACUGUGGUCAUGUGUAUUGUGAAAAAUGUCUCACUGAAGGCACUAAGGAGAGUUGUAAAAUGUGUAAGGCAGUUUGUAGCAGCAUUUUACUUACUGGAAAGAUGAAGCCUGACGUUGAAAUAUUUUUUGGCGAUCCCUCUGAACUAAUAAAAAAGCAGAACAAGCAAUUGGUACAGGUGAUGGAGUUUCAGAAGAAUCACAGGCGCAGAUUUGUGACUUAUUUGAAAGAUAAGGUUUCCAAACAAAAUGCUUAUAUUUCCCAGGUGAAACAAGCACUCAUGGCUCGACAAGUAUUACAACGUGAUAUUGCAAAAUUGAAGGAAGAGAAUCUUUAUUUAAAACGCUUGGUCUCAGAGAAAGGAUUAAAUGCUAGCAGUCGGAAUUCCACACCAGGCAGAACUGGGUUUCCUUCAUAUCGAGCCUCACCCUCAAGGUCUCCUAUUGAAAAUAUGUCUCCUUACCCUUACUCAAAGCCUAACACUCCCAUAUCCAACACUUCCAGAUGUAACACACCAAGUAAUUACUUGUCUCAGUUAACUGAGUCUAGAAAUACUCAGUCAAACAUGAGUAUUAAUUAUCUGCCCCAGAUGCCAGCCAGGGUCUCCAUCAGAACUCCUCCCACUCAAGGAAGACUUGAAACUCCCUGUAUCCCAAUAAUCAGUGAGAGUCCAACUCCAACCAUAUUUGAUGUUUCUAAAAAGUUUUCAAGGUGA